UAGUACAAGAAUGUUAUAGGCUGACUAGGCCAUACAGUUUAAAAAACACAUAUUAUAUCUGCUAGGAGAGUCAGAAGAAUUUAUCCAAGACAAACAUGUUAAAAGGAGACACAAAAAUGCCAAUUUCAGAAAUAGACAGAAGACUGCCAUGGGUGGAGAAAUACAGACCAAAAUGUUUGGAAGAUUUAAUUUCUCACAAAGACAUAAUAACCACAAUACAACGGUUUAUCUCUGAAGAUAAACUUCCGCAUCUUUUAUUUUAUGGACCACCUGGUACUGGCAAAACAUCAACAAUACUAGCAGUUGCUAAGCAACUAUAUGCAGCAAAAGAAUUUCAAUCCAUGGUGCUAGAGCUAAAUGCAUCAGAUGACCGUGGCAUAGGAAUUGUUCGAGAGCAGAUUUUGGGAUUUGCAAGUACCAGAACAAUAUUCAAGUCAAAGUUCAAACUUGUCAUUCUUGAUGAAGCUGAUGCAAUGACAAAUGAUGCUCAAAAUGCUCUCAGAAGAAUUAUGGAAAAAUACACAGAGAAUACAAGAUUCUGUUUGAUUUGCAAUUAUUUGACUGGAAUUAUACCUGCUAUACAGUCGCGUUGCACACGAUUUCGAUUUGGACCAUUAGACACGGAGCAAAUGUCAUCAAGAUUAACACAUGUCAUCAACACAGAAAAUGUUUCUAUAACAGAAGAUGGAAAGAAAGCUUUGCUUAGACUCGCGAAAGGUGACAUGAGACGAUCUUUAAAUAUAUUACAGAGUACGCACAUCGGUUACGGUAAUGUUACGGAAGAAACCGUUUACACAUGUACUGGUAAUCCUUUGCGACAGGAAAUUCAAAAUAUUGUCGACUGGAUGCUUAAUGAGAGUUUUGCGACCGCUUAUAAAAAAAUCACAGAACUUAAGACGAGAAAAGGUCUUGCAUUACAAGAUAUUUUGUCUGAAGUUCAUUUGCUUGUUCACAGAAUUGAUUUCCCACCCAAUGUGCGUAUAACAUUAUUAAGCAAGAUGGCGGAAAUUGAAUAUAAUUUGUCGGCUGGUACGUCAGAAAAGAUUCAAAUGAGUGGCUUGAUAGCUGCUUUUCAAUGCGUACGAGACACGGUUGCUGCUGAAGCAUAGAGAGAAGUGAUUAGUCAUAAAGCCUGCCACAUCGAUAUAACAUCCUUUCAGCACAAACCGUGUUGAGGGUAUUUCUUGAGAUAGCGAAUAUCGAAUGUUUUGUGAACGCGAUGUAUUCCUUAUUUCAUCGUUAAAAAAGAAAAAAAAGAAAUUCUCAAAA